AUGGCUUUGGGCGAAGACGAAAUGGAAUUGAAUGCAAAGGGAUGUCCCAAAGAUACCAUGAUUUUUAAAAUUUUGCCUCACGACGAUUGCAAUAAAUUUUAUAAAUGUAGCAAUGGAGAGCCAUACGAGUUUAAAUGUCCAGAGACACUUAUGUUUAAUUUGAACGAAAGUGUAUGUGAUUGGCCAAACCAGGUGGACUGUGGAAAUCGAAAGUUGGUAACGCCUACCCCGGAGACCAAUGAUGAUGACGAUGCUGUUUCUGUUUGUGCUCGCGAAGGAUCUGACGGGUUGCUCGUUGCACAUGAAUAUUGCAACCACUUGUACAUGUGUGCUCGUGGACUACCAGUAGACAUAACAUGUCCCGAACCCCUUCUUUUUAAUACAGACUCGAAGCUUUGCGACUGGGAAAGUCAGGUUGACUGUGGAGACAGACUUAAGGAAAAAGAAAGUGAAAGUCAAGAAAAAUGA